AUGGGGCCAUCACUUUGGGUUGGCUUUGCCCAGUGGCAUGGCCAUGAUUCCAACGCCUCCUUCCACCACGGCUGUAAUUCCAACGCCUCCUUCCACCACGGCUGUAAUUCCAACGCCUCCUUCCACCACGGCUGUAAUUCCAACGCCUCCUUCCACCACGGCUGUAAUUCCAACGCCUCCUUCCACCACGGCUGUAAUUCCAACGCCUCCUUCCACCACGGCUGUAAUUCCAACGCCUCCUUCCACCACGGCUGUAAUUCCAACGCCUCCUUCCACCACGGCUGUAAUUCCAACGCCUCCUUCCACCACGGCUGUAAUUCCAACGCCUCCUUCCACCACGGCUGUAAUUCCAACGCCUCCUUCCACCACGGCUGUAAUUCCAACGCCUCCUUCCACCACGGCUGUAAUUCCAACGCCUCCUUCCACCACGGCUGUAAUUCCAACGCCUCCUUCCACCACGGCUGUAAUUCCAACGCCUCCUUCCACCACGGCUGUAAUUCCAACGCCUCCUUCCACCACGGCUGUAAUUCCAACGCCUCCUUCCACCACGGCUGUAAUUCCAACGCCUCCUUCCACCACGGCUGUAAUUCCAACGCCUCCUUCCACCACGGCUGUAAUUCCAACGCCUCCUUCCACCACGGCUGUAAUUCCAACGCCUCCUUCCACCACGGCUGUAAUUCCAACGCCUCCUUCCACCACGGCUGUAAUUCCAACGCCUCCUUCCACCACGGCUGUAAUUCCAACGCCUCCUUCCACCACGGCUGUAAUUCCAACGCCUCCUUCCACCACGGCUGUAAUUCCAACGCCUCCUUCCACCACGGCUGUAAUUCCAACGCCUCCUUCCACCACGGCUGUAAUUCCAACACCCGUGGCUCCAACAUCCUCUUCCACCGUGUCCCCCAUUCCAACAUCCACCAUUCCAACAUCCAUCAUUACAACACCCACCAUUCCAACUUCCACCAUUCCAACAACCACCAUUCCACCACAUCCACCAUUCCAACAUCCAUCAUUACAACACCCACCAUUCCAACUUCCACCAUUCCAUCAUUCCAACAGCCACUGCUCUACCAUGGCCACCAUUCCAACAUCUGCCAUUCCACCACAGCCAUCAUUCCAAGACCCAUGGCCCCAACAUCCCCUUCCACUGCGCCGGUGUUGAACGCGGGACCCCCGGGGGAGGCAGGAGCGGGGCCUGCCCUGAGACCAACCUGA